UCUCAAAGGUUUUCUUCGUGUUUUUAUACUUUUCCCUAACAGUUUUUUAACAAAUUAGUUUCUCAUCGUCUAAAGAUGGCGGGUAGAGGAAGAAAAGCUGAAGAUAAGGUCGUGAUCAGUAACAGAAAUGAUCAUGAUUACGCUGAUACGAUGGAAGUGUGUGUUGAAGCAAAUAAGCGUCUCUUGGAUGACUGUAGUGCUGAGGAUCUACCUGUUACUCCCAGCAAAGUGCACAUAACGAAGAAAAUGCAUCCUGAUUAUAAGGAAGACAUUUCUAAUGCAGAUAUCCUCGAGGCUAUUUACUCCCUCAGUAAAAGAUUUGACAAGCAGGAAGAGAAAUUGGAGGAGUUGACAAGAAAGAUGGAAGAGAGUAGCGUCAUCUCCGAAAUGAAGGAAGAUAUGAAAACUCACAAGCAGAAAGCAGCUGAAUUGGAGCUGGAGCUUUCUGAUCUCAAAAAAGAGAAUAAAGAGCUGAGAUCUAGGGUAGGAGAAUUGGAUCGCUACAAAAGACGGUGGAAUUUACGCAUCAAAGGACUGCCAGAGAAACAGAACGAGAACACAAGAGAGGAGGUGAUCACCUUGCUUUCCACGAUUGCUCCUGGUGUGCCCUGGGAAAUGGAAGAAGCGCUUGACAUGGUCCAUCGAAUUGGCAGAAAAGAAGGAAAUCGCACGCGUCAGAUCAUCAUGCAGUUUUCAAAGAGAAUCUACAGAGAGCAAAUCUGGGCACUGUCCAAGGGAUCGUCCGUGUGCAAGGAGGCAGGCUGUCAUUUCGCUGAGGACUUAAACAAAGAGGAUAGAGAGGCGAGGCAAGUGCUGUGGCCACGCAUUAAACAAGCACGAGCAGAAGGGAAAGCGGCAUCUUCUUCUCGUUAUACAAGCCACCAUUUCAAUAUCAUUAUUCAGUAG